UGUUUUGCACAAGAAAUGUCAGCCAGAAAGGGCUAUCUGCUCCCUUCGCCAAAUUAUCCCACAACAAUGUCAUGCUCGGAGAGCCCUGCCGCGAACUCUUUUUUGGUCGACUCGCUCAUCAGCUCGGCCAGAGGCGAGGCUGGGGGGGGGGGGCGUAAAGCCUCGCCGGAGAAGGACUCCCUGGUGCCCCACACCAAGACGUCCUUAGCCCUGGCCCAAGCUCCCCCAGACUCGGGGGAUGAGGACACCACAUCCCUUUUCCCAAGUCUGGGGGCGGCAGGAAAUGCUUUCCUGCCACUGGGUGAGAGGCAGAGAAAGGCGUUAAGUUCAAGAUGUACGGCCUUGCCUACUCCGGCCUUUCAUUCUCCAAGCGCCCCGCAGCGUGGUGCUAAAACAGGUGCCUGGAAAAAAAGUAGAGGAAAAUGCAAUUCCAAAGGCGAAAAUGCAGCCAACUGGCUCACGGCAAAGAGCGGCCGAAAGAAACGCUGCCCCUACACGAAGCACCAGACGCUGGAACUAGAGAAGGAGUUUCUAUUCAACAUGUACCUUACUCGAGAGCGGCGCCUAGAGAUCAGCCGUAGCGUCCACCUCACGGACAGACAAGUGAAAAUCUGGUUUCAGAAUCGCAGGAUGAAACUGAAGAAAAUGAACCGGGAAAACCGAAUCCGGGAGCUCACAGCCAAUUUUAAUUUUUCCUGAUGAAACUUCCAGGCAAAGCCGUGUUUUCGCUUCCAGAGCGCCUGUACCCCCCCCUUCUGCCUCCAGCCUCUGCCCCAGAACUCGCACCUGUGCCGGAGCCCCAUUUACUCCCUUCCACACUCGCCAUCUCCCAGGCCGUUUCGUCUGUGCAGGGCUGGUUUGUUCUGACUUUUUGUUUCUUUGUCUGUUUGCUUGGUGUUGGUUUACUUGUUUUCUGGGGGAAAAAGCCAUAUCGCUAAAAUUCUAUAGAGAUUGAGAUUGUCCUCACUGUCAAGUCCUGACUGGGCUGGGUUCGCUGCCCCCGGGUUCCCAGUACUCCUACAUGGAUCUGGUUUCCUGCCCAGCCCUGGGUAAACUUAGCCGGAAGCCCUAGGUUCCAUUGUCGGCGCUGAGGUGUCUGGCCUGAGGUCAAUGGUGCAAGGAGCCGCCACCGGGUUCGCCAGCCUGGAGUUCUGGGCUGUGUUUAAUCAGGGAGUACAGGCCUGAUUUCUCUUUUCUUCCUUCUUUUCUUCCUUGGCCAAGAGCAGAGUAUCGAAACAUGGGCAUGCAGGUUAGCUAAAGGCUGAUUUAAAAAAAAUGAAAAAGAAAUAAUCAGAAAGAUUAUUUUGUCCGUCCUUCCUCUGUAAGAUCUCCCAGUUCAAUGAAAAUAAAAAUGGCCAAGAGAAGAAACCUUCUCUUCCCGUUUGCCUAAGGUCUUGCUUGCCUGACUAAAACCCUUCAUUUACCUUUGAAUUUCCAUAUCCUGGCUGUUGAGAAAUAGUAUAGGUUUGUUUAUACAUAUGGAAUUAGUGGAUUUUUGCCAUUAAAAUGGUUACCAUUGGUAACACUCGAAAAGCACACCACGAUUCUCCCUAUUUUAUGGAAUUGGGUUUUCUUUUUCUUGUUGUUUUGCUUUAAUUCACCUUUUUUUUUUGUUUCGUAGGCUUUCUGAAAUUCAUGGAAGCCUUGGAGGGCUGGGGCAAACAGAUGAGAGAAGGGAGACAUUGUUUGGAUUUCCUUUAUACUGUGAAGUUACAUGCAUAAAAGGGUCAAACCUGUAGGUGCAGAAAAAGAAAAAAAACUAUAAGUACAAAUCUGUAUAAAUGUCUAUUAUUAUGAAAAAUUGCCAAUCUUGUUUAAGCAAAUGCAUUCUAUCGUUAUUAUAAAUGUUAGUUCUAGCUUUAUUUACUUCAAAUCUUAAAUCAGAAUAAAUUAAUAUUGUAUUGCUGCUGUGCGUGGAAAAGAUGAUGUUUAUGUUCCUAGAGAAUAAAAGCUGUGGAAUGAAGCUUU